AUGUCCAGAUUUUACAACUCUAACAAUGAUGAAAUUCUUUCUUCUAAAAUUAUAAUUGAAGGAGCCACUCCUCAUGUUGAUCCUAAGAUUAUAUCUAACUCGGAUAUACAAUUCUAAAGUGAAAUUAGUAAUAUGGAAAGCAUGAGAUCCAUAAAUCAAGAGACUAAAAAAAAAAUUAAGCUCAUUUAGAAGAAUUCUUAAAUUUUUUCUCUCAAAUUUCAAGUAACAGUACUUUUUUAACUUAAGCAACCUGCUCUAAUAAAUAGUAAAAAAUAAAUCUAACACAGCUUAUUUAAGAUUGACAACAACCAAGAUGGUAAAUUAAAGCAAGUUUUAAAUAAGUAGAUGUUAAAGAAAUUCAAAGAUAAUUUAUUAUAAAACGCACAUAUUUUAUCUCAAAAAGUGUUGUAGGAGAAAAAACCUCUAUUAAAUUACUUAUUUUUAGAUUAUGUAACAUAAGAUGACAAGUAAUUAAAAAAAAAUAAACUCAUAAAUAAUAUAGAGAAACUUCUAUUCUGCUAAGUUUUCUUACCAUAAGACAAUUUUGUGAAAUAUUGGAAUUUAUUUAGCAUUCUAUUUAGCUUUUUUAUACUAUGGUUUUCACCAUUCAUUAUUUCGUUUUAAUUAUUAUAAAGCUCCAGUGUUUAAUAAACUAUAGUAUUUAUAUUCAUUUUUUUAUUGGUUGAUGGAUUAAUUACUUGCAAUAAAGCAUAUCUUCAACAAGGAGAAGUAACAAAUUUUACUAUUAAAUAGCUAGUUAUCAGUAGACGAUAGAUUAUAAAUAAUUACUUAAGAAAUCAAGUCUUAAGUGACUUUUUGAAUCUUUUCAUUUGGAUUUUGAUGUAUAAUGGAAUAGAAUCCUUCCAGAUAAUUUAAAUUUUAUCAAUAUUUUAGAUCAUCAUCAUAAUAAACACUGUGUAUAAAAAAAUCAAUAAUUUUGUCGAUUAUUUAUACUUGAAUGGUAACUUAAGUGAAGUCUUGGAUCUAGCAUUUUUAAUAAUCUCAUUAUAUUAUUUUGUUCACAUCAUAGGCUGUCUUUGGCAUUAUUUGGCAGUCUUAGGAGAGUAACUAAACCAAGUUUCAUGGAUCCAGAAGUAUUCCCUUGAAAAUCAAUCAUCUCUUGUAAAAUAUGACUAUGCUGUAUACUGGGCAACAAUGACUAUGGUGACAGUUGGAUAUGGUGACAUUACAGCAUCAAAUCCUAUUGAAAUUGUGUUUUCAAAUUUUACGAUGUUUAUUAGUAGCUUUGUGUUUGCUUAUUCAAUGAAUUCUAUUGGAAUUAUAAUAAAGAAUCUCUAUGAUGUAAGAAAUUUAUACAAGUAAAGUAUGUCAUUAAUUAUAAAGAAGGUAAUUGAUCUUAAUUAAUGCCUACAUGAAGAACAAUUUGGUUGAGGACUCUAUAUCCAAUAGAGUUAGAAAUUAUCUAAAGAAUUAAGUUGAUCAUGAAUCUAAGAACAAUUAGAUUGAAGUAUCAAUCAAAGUAGUAAUAAUAGGCUUAACAAAUCAUUGACAACCUACCUCAUGGAUUGAAAGAUGAUGUGAACAUCAACAUUAAGACUAGAAUAUUAUCAAAUAUGAAAUUGUUAGUAAGCAACUUCUCGAAGCAGACUCAAUCUCAAAUAAUUCAUAAGCUUGAAUAGGUUAGUUUUAUACCUAAUGAUGUUAUUUAUGAUUCUGAAGGAUUAAAUUUAGAUUAGUAUCUGUAAGACUUUAUCUCUAAAAAUAUAGCUAUUAUAUAGAUUAAGGCUCUGCCAGUCUUGUAGAAGUAAGAACCUAGAAAAUUGUUUAAGAAUAUAAAGAGGGUGAUACUUUGGGAGAGCAUUCAUUUAUAAGUGGGUUGCCACAAAAAUUUAAACUAAUUAGCACGAGUUUCUGUUAAUUAUAUAGAAUUUCUAGGUAGGAUCUUUUGAAGGUGCUUUAAAAUAAUUAGAAAGAUAAAGAAAUAUUCUACUCUUUAUAAGAUUAAUUACUAUAUCUCUCUGAUUAUAGUUUAAUAAACAAGAAGUGUAAUUUCUGCCAUAAAUUUGAUCAUUAAAAUAGUGAUUGCUUCAUAAUCUCAUACAAACCCAAUCUGGAAAAAAUAAUUAAGAUGCAGGAAUUCUUAAUCUAACCAAGAAGUUAGCUGAAUAGAAAUGCCCGUUAGAAGCUUAAAGUAGUAAAUUAAAUCUAAGUACUAUUAUUUUAAAUUAAAUAGGGUAUUUAAAGUACUAUCUUAUAGUUUUAAUAAAGUGAAAUCAUAUCUAAUCAAAAUGACUCUUUAACAAUAAUGAGUGGAACCAAGAGAAUAAAGUAGUAUUCUACUCACAGAUAAAGCGAUAAUAAAAUAGAAUAGCCAGAAUCAUCUUCUGUUAGUGAACAAUCUCCGGAUAUAUAGAUUGAGAAAAUGGCUUAUCGAAAACCCUCUUCGAAUUUUACCGGAAAAUUUAAUAUAUAAAACCUUCAAAGCAUAGAGAAUAAAGAUGCGUAAAGGAAGAUAUCAAUAGCAAUAUUGAAAGAACAAACCUUAAAUCCAGAACACCCAAGUUCCUAAAUCAUUCAACUAAGGUCUAUCAAAAAUCUUUCAAAUCCAGCUAUAUUAGAAUAUGAAGAACAUAUCAAAUAGAUAAAAUUUGCAACUAUUGAUAUUGAUAAAGGCUAUGAAUUUUAAAACUAUUUGCCAUAAAAUAAUCUUUAGAAUGUCAUCCUAAAUUACAAUAAACAAAAAGCUAAAUUUAUACCAAUUUAUUAAAAAAGCAUAAAUAAAUCGUUGAAAUACACAUUUUAUUUUAAAAUUGCUAAAUUGGCAUCUUAAAUGAGAAUGAUAGCUGCUCCAAUAACAAGGAGACUACUCAAAGGUCAUCAAAUGAAAAAGCAUUUACAAGAUUCUUGA